GUAAAACCAUCAUGGUAUUAAAGCAUAACACAUUAAGUUUAAUAAUGCAUUGUAAUUCCAUUCUUUUCAAAAUGAUAAUAAAGAAUUAUAAUUGCAUAGUUUUACUAAGAGAUGAGUAAUGCAUAAAAUAUAUGCUUUUAUAAACAUUUGACAUUUGUAUACACUAAAUUAGAAGAAGUAUUUCUGAAAAUCUAAGCUAUUAGAGAUAAAGAAAUAAAGACAAAGAAAAUGAUAGCUGCGGCAAUAAUAUUUGGUCUUUUAGGUCUGGUAGCAGGUCAAAAUCGUUUAGUAUACUAUUGUGGAUUUGAAAAUGAUCUUUGUGGCUUAAGUGGAAACGAAAAUGCUUGGUUAAGGUACAAUCAAAAAACACCAUCUUUUAAUACUGGACCAGCUUUGGCAUAUGCUGGAUCAUACUUUGUUUAUUUUGAAAGUUCUGACCCAAAUUAUCAGUCCUCUUUAAAUUUACCUCUAUCUUUAACUCUUCCUGCCAAUAUAUCAACAUCAGCUGUACGGCUUCAAUUUGCUCUUUAUGCUUAUGGUUCUAGCAUUAAAUCUUUUAAUGUUCUCAUAUAUGACAAUAGUGGUGUACUUCUAACGAAUGACCAGAUACUUAACAGUCAAAUACAAAUGGAUUCUUUCUCUCCUUGGACAAUUAUAAAUAAAACCUACACAUUUUCAUCAAUAGUCAGGACAGUUGAGUUUAUUGUGAAUGCUGAAAAAUGGCUAGCAGAUGUUGCCAUUGAUGACUUAUCUAUUUAUGCAAUUGGAUGCGGUACAUGUAGUAUUAAUGGUCUAUGUCAGAAUACAACAAAUGGCCAGCAAUGUGUUUGUCGAAAUGGAUAUGUUGGUGAUGGAUACACAUGUUUGCCAAACUGUCUUUCUCCAUGUGAUCCCAUAAAAGCAACAUGUGUUGUAUCAAUGGGGGUUGCAUCAUGCCAGUGUUUACCUCAAUAUGGUUCUGGAUCAGGUCUUGCUAGCGCUGGAAAUAGCUCAUGUUCAAUAAACAUGUGUGGUUCUACCCAGUGCAGUCCUUAUGCUGAUUGUGUUAUGGAUUCUGGAGUCCCAGUUUGUAAAUGCCGACCUGGAUUUGUAUGUGGAGCUAACUGUGUCACGCAAGGUUUAUGUUCAAAUCGUGCUACUUGUUCAGUUGUCAAUGGUCUUGAAACCUGUAUCUGUGGCAUGGAAUAUUUUGGUGAUGGUUUGAAUGCUCCUGGUAGCACUGGCUGCAAAAGUAAGUGUGAUUUACUUAAUUGUGGGUUGUAUGGUAGAUGUGUUCUAAACUCUUCAUAUGCAGCCACUUGUCAGUGUAAUGAUAAUUUUAUGAACAAUGGAACUUACUGUGUUGAUAUAAAUGAAUGUUUAACACCUGGUUGGUGCAGAGGUGCUAACACUUAUUGUUCUAACAGUUUUGGAGGUUUUUCAUGUGAGUGUAUGAACAAUUUUGCUCCAGAUAUGCAAACAUCUGGGCGCAAUCGUAGUUGCUCAAUUAAUCAACAAUGUGCUCUUGGAAAGACAUGUGACUGUAACAACAUUAUCAGUCCAAUUACUGUUCCCCCAAUUUCAUUCUUUAACAAUGUUAAUGAUGCAAACCAAAAUAUAGCACGUCAGUUUUUGGACAUCUGGUCAAGCCAAAAUGUGAAACUUUACUGUAAAAUGGCAAAAUGUAACCUUAAAAUGCUUGAAGAAUUGAUUGCAAACAUAACAGCUUACACAAGUCAAACAAAUGUUAUGAUGAAUAAUGCAAAUAUGGCAAUAAUGGUAGUUAGGGACUUUAUUAAUUGCAAUCCUUAUGAAAUGCUUGAUCCAGCAUGGUGGAGUUUGUAUAAAAAAUUAAACGAUCAACUUAUAACCUUUAAACAAGUGAGCAUUGAUCUUGAUAUGAAAGUUAUUCUGCUAAAACAGGAGAGUGCAAGAUGCGAGGAAGUGAACUCAAAUUGGUUCCGAAGAGCUCUAGAGUGGUUCUCGCCUGUUCAAUAUUAGUUAUCAUCGUGGUUAAACGUUUUACUUGUUGAACUUAAUAAAGCAUUACAAUUAAGCCUUUUUUUAAUCUUUAUAUUUCACAUUCAAGCUUUUAUGUGUGGAUUUUUUUGUGUAUAAUUUUUAUUGUAAUUACUGUUGUUAAUUCUAGCUUGUUUCUAUAUUUUACGGGAUUUUUAUAUAAUUAUUAAUUUUCUUAGCAACACGAAUUACAAAGUUAAAGUAGUUUUAAACAAAUCGAUACGAUAAUUAUCGAUAAAUCAUUAAAAAAAAAUAAAGAAUUUGCUAAAAUGGUUGUAAUUAAAAUGUAUUAUACAAUUUAUUUUGAAAAGUAUAGAUAAUGAAGUUUAAUCUAGUGCAA